ACACGCGCGGUGCCCUCGCACGGAGCGGGCGCCGGCAGCGGCGGGGUUAUGCGACCGGCGCCGCGCUGCACCGGCUGAGGAGCGGAGGCAGGCGCUCGCCAUGACCAAGUCGUACAGCGAGAGCGGGCUGAUGGGCGAGCCCCCGGCGCAGGGCCCCCCGGGCUGGGCGGACGAGUGCCUCAGCUCGCAGGACGAGGAGCACGAGGCCGACAAGAAGGAGGAGGACCUGGAGGCGCUGCCCGCCGAGGCCGAGGAGGACCCGCUGCGCAACGGCGAGGAGGAGGACGAGGAAGAUGACCUGGACGAGGAGGAGGAGGAGGACGACGACGACGACGACGACGAGCAGAAGCCCAAGCGGCGGGGCCCCAAGAAGAAGAAGAUGACCAAGGCGCGCAUGGAGCGCUUCAAGCUGCGGCGCAUGAAGGCCAACGCCCGGGAGCGCAACCGCAUGCACGGGCUGAACGCGGCCCUGGACAACCUGCGCAAGGUGGUGCCGUGCUACUCCAAGACGCAGAAGCUCUCCAAGAUCGAGACGCUGCGCCUGGCCAAGAACUACAUCUGGGCGCUCUCCGAGAUCCUGCGCUCCGGCAAGAGCCCGGACCUCGUCUCCUUCGUGCAGACCCUGUGCAAGGGCCUGUCGCAGCCCACCACCAACCUGGUGGCCGGCUGCCUGCAGCUCAACCCGCGGACUUUCCUGCCCGAGCAGAGCCCGGACGUGCCGCCGCACAUGCCGGCGGCCGGGGCGCCCUUCGCGGCGCCCCCCUACCCGUACCAGUCGCCGGGGCUGCCCAGCCCGCCCUACGGCACCAUGGACAGCUCCCACCUCUUCCACCUCAAGCCGCCGCACGCCUACGGCGCCGCGCUCGAGCCCUUCUUCGAGGGCGGCCUCCCCGACGGCGCCAGCCCCGCCUUCGACGGCCCUCUCAGCCCGCCCCUCAGCAUCAACGGCAACUUCUCCUUCAAGCACGAGCCCGCCGCCGACUUCGACAAGAGCUACGCCUUCACCAUGCACUACCCCGCCGCCUCCCUGGCCGCCGCGCCCGGCCACGCCGCCGCCGUCUUCUCGGGCGCCGCCGCCCGCUGCGAGCUGCCCCUGGACGGCCUGGGGGCGCCCUACGAGGGCCACCCGCCCCACGAGCGGGUCCUGAGCGCCCCGCUCAACGCCAUCUUCCACGACUGACCCCCGCCACCCGCCCGGGCCGCCGAAACCGCAAGCAAUAAUUAGGAUCUAUGCAAUUUUUAACCUAGCGAUGGGCCAAUUACGAAGUAUAUAGGAGAUCUCUAUUUUUCAACCAACGUUUUCCUACUUGUUACCUUUCCCAUGCCGAAUUAUUUUGUUGUGAUUUUGUACAGAAUUUUUAAUGACUUUUUAUAACGUGAAUUUCCUAUUUUAAACCAUGCAGCUUCAUCGAUUUUUAUACAUACUGGAAAGGUAGAAUUAUAUCUAAUUUAUACAAAAUAAUUUAACUAAUUUAAACCAGCAGAAAAGUGCUUAGAGAAGUUAUGUUGCCUUAGCACUUCUUUCCUUUCGAAUAGUUAAAGAAAAACAAAAAAGCGCAAUCCGGGCAAUUGCUUUCCCAUGAAAGUCUUUUUUUCCUUUUUCUUUCUUUUAUUUUUUUUCCUUUUCCCCUGACAAUAAGAACCAGAUCCCUAGCUCUUGAGAAGAUAUAAGAACGAGAGACUUAUUUUCUAUUAAAACAUAUCAAUUCAACACAUGACUUGCACAAACUUGUAUAUAAAUAUUAUGAGCAAAUGCCAACACCCUUUUUAAAUCAAAAGCUGCUUGACUAUCACGUACAAUUUGCACUGUUUCUUUUUAGUCUUUGAACCCCUCUGCAUUCCGUGGUGGUUUUUUUUCUUUCAUUUUUUUUUCUUUUCAUUUUUUUUUUCUGAAGAGAACUUGAAGAUGUUAAUGUUUCCGGACGAUAUAAAUGCAUGAUUUUAUACAUAUUCACACGAUCCGUGGUUGUCAUAUAUUCAUCUUAUAAAUCGGAACCUAAAACUAAUCAGGUUGUUGAAGUUGGGCUAUAUACCUAUUGUAGUCGAUUAGUACGGUAGCUUGAAACAAAUUCAAACCAUUUAAUCCGUAAUUAGAACAAUAGCUAUUGCAUGUACAAUGCAGUCCAGAAUAAGUGCUGUUUGAAAUGUAACGCUGGUUCAACUGGAAUCAAUCUGUACUGUAAUUUUGUUUGUAAUCCUGUAUAUUAUGGUGUAAUGCACACUGGGAUUUUAGAGAACAUCCGUCCUUUUGCAACAACAUAGUAUUGAACAUUUGGUCGAAUGUUGCAUUUCUCCUUAAAUGUGAUUUUUUUUUUCUUAGUG